UGUCACAACUACAAAUCUCAGCUUUGAACAGUUUGAAGAAAACACAUAACUUUUGAAAUUCCAAAAAAAAAAAAAAACAAAAAAACAUAUGAAGAUGCAAUUUUUCAUCCUCCUUAUCAUAAUCUCAUGGUUUUCGGAGAAGAUUACUUCACUUCCUCCUGAAUCUCAAGUACUCGAUCGUCAUGGUUUUCCCGAUAAUUUUGUUUUUGGAACAGCUGCAUCGGCUUUUCAGUACGAAGGUGCAACAAGUGAAGGUGGGAAAUCUCCAGCUAUAUGGGAUUACUUCAGCCACACUUUUCCAGAAAGGACCAGGAUGCAGAAUGCAGAUGUAGCGGUCGACUUUUACCAUCGUUAUAAGGAUGACAUCAAGUUGAUGAAAGACCUAAAUAUGGACGCUUUCAGAUUUUCGAUUUCGUGGGCGAGAUUGAUACCCAGUGGAAAAGUAAAGGAUGGAGUUAACCAAGAAGGUGUACAAUUCUAUAAGGCUCUCAUCGACGAGCUUGUUGCGAAUGGCAUUCAACCAUCGAUGACCCUCUACCAUUGGGACCAUCCUCAAGCACUCGAGGACGAGUAUGGUGGUUUUUUAAGCCCCCAAAUAGUAGAAGACUUUCGAGAUUUUUCAAGAGUGUGUUUUGAAGAAUUCGGAGACAAAGUUAAAAUGUGGACUACAAUAAACGAGCCUUAUGUCAUAACUGUUGCGGGCUACGAUACGGGCAACAAAGCGGUGGGACGAUGCUCGAAAUGGGUGAAUAGUAAGUGUCAAGGCGGCGAUUCAGGUACCGAGCCCUACAUUGCAUCACAUCACCUUCUUCUUGCUCAUGCCGCAGCUGUACAAGAGUUCCGAAAAUGUAACAAGACUCAAGACGGUCAAAUUGGGAUAGUGUUAUCUCCUUUGUGGUUUGAGCCUUACGACUCUGCUUCUCCUGCCGAUAACGAAGCUGUUAAACGAGCUCUUGCCACUGAACUAGAUUGGCAUUUAGAUCCAGUUAUUCACGGAGAUUAUCCAGAAAUGAUGAAGAAACUCGCCGGAAAUCGAUUACCUUCUUUCACUCCAGAACAAUCCAAAAUAUUGAAAAAUUCAUCGGAUUUUAUUGGAAUAAACUACUAUACAGCGCGUUACGUUGCUCAUAUUCCACACGUCGAUCCUGCUCGUCCACGAUUUGUAACCGAUCAUCAACUUCAAUGGAGAGUAACAAAUCACAGUAAUCACCAAUUCGGACCAGGGGAAGAUCGAGGCAUACUCCAAUCACAUCCAGAAGGUUUACGAAAAGUUCUUAACUACAUCAAAGAUAAAUACAAUAACCCUAUAGUUUAUAUAAAAGAGAACGGAAUCAAUGACUACGACGAUGGUACAAAAUCACGAGAGGAUAUUCUCAAUGAUACAUUUAGGAUAAGCUACCAUGAGGACCAUCUCCAACAACUCCAAAAAGCUAUAAUAGAGGAUGGAUGUGACGUAAGAGGAUAUUACGUGUGGUCUUUACUAGACAAUUUCGAGUGGGAACAUGGAUAUUCUACUAGAUUUGGUCUGUACUAUGUUGACUACAACAACGAUCUCACUCGUAUUCCCAAAGAUUCUGUUAACUGGUUCAAGAAGUUUCUCGAUGUAAAGAAUGAAGAAACAAAUGAUGAAGAAAUAUGGGAUUUGUCACAUGAGAGGUCACAUGAAGAAAGGAUGUCAGGCAAUCUUGUAUGUGCUAUGCUUCCGAGUGAGAUCAAUCCUAGAUGUUCCUCGCUUCCAAUCGCAGCUUACACCAUUGGAAAGCCUUCAUUUUCGAUGCCGUACUCGAGUCUGAGGUCUCUCGUGCUUUUGGUAGCUUUGAAAGGCUUGAAUCUUGAUACAUUCGUCCCGUUAGACCCGUGUUUGUUGAAAAUCUCUAACAGCUUUAUCUCUCCAAACUUCAUCGACUGGUCAAUUGUGAAAAUUGCUUAUCACGAAGAUGAUGAGGAUGAGCUUUUUGCUAAAGUCAUAGUGAAUGGAGAUACAGACAGUGAGGACUGUGAUGAUGACGUUGUUCUUGAUAACGGGGUGAGCAAGAUGUCUAUAACUCCUGAACACUCCUUUAUGCUCGAAACAGAGAGGUUCUUGAAGAUGCCUUCUAGAAUCAGACCAUCAACUAGUCCUCGUAAAUCCCUCUGAUUCUAGUGGUGGGAAUGCAAUUUUGUAAGCUAGGGUUCUUAAUACAUUAUCUAAAUAUACGUUUCUUUGUGACAAAAACAUUAUUGAACUUGGUUUUGUCUGCAAGAUUUGGAAACUUUUGGCAUGAAUUGAAGUUAGAAAUCGAUCGUAGACUGAAGUGAGAAUGUUUUGGUUUGUUUUUGAUUGAGUAGAACUUAAACGGAAUAAACUUGAGAGAAUGCU